AUGCCUCUUAAGCGCAAAGUGUCGCGCGCAACCUCCCCAGUCCGGCCGUCGCCAGCGAAGAGGCCACGCCAGGCGGAGAUCGAUGGCGAUGCCUUCGCCGCCCCGGCGUUCAAUCAUACGCGCGAAGAAGAGCGGGUUGGCAUCGUCCAGCGCGACUUCUACCCAGCCGAGAUGAGCCAUGAGCGCUGCGAGCGGUAUAACAACAACGAGAUACCGCGUCCGCUGGAAGUGCUGAACCGAACACUUGAGGAGACGAAGCUGCAGCGCCAAAGCGUCGCAGUCGGCGAAGCAGUAGUGCAUUGGUUCAAGCGCGACCUGCGCACCUUUGACAAUCGCGCCUUGAGCAUGGCGAGUGCAAAAGCGAAGAGUAAAGGCGUGCCACUCAUCUGCAUGUUCAUAGUCAGUCCGCAAGAUUACCAAGCCCAUCUCACCAGCGCGCCGCGAGUCGACUUCGAGCUGCGUACGUUGGAGGUAAUGAAAGAAGAUUUGGCGGAGAAGGACAUACCACUAUAUGUCACCACCAUCGAAGAGCGUAAGAAUGUCAUCCCACAUAUCAUGCAGAAAUGUGAGGAAUGGAAUGCAAAACACAUCUACUGUAAUAUCGAGUAUGAAGUUGACGAACUCCGCCGCGAGAGUAAGCUCGUUAAGAAAUGUCUUGACCAAGGCAUCUCCUUCACAGCCGUCCACGACGACGUAGUUGUUCCACCCGAGACGCUGGUAACAGGCGCCGGGAAACAAUAUUCUGUCUACUCCCCUUGGUUCCGCGCCUGGAUCAAACACAUCCAUGAGCACCCUCACCUUCUCGAUGCCUUCCCGCCACCGACACCUAAUCCGCCAACAGCGCGCCAACUCUUCGAACCCAUCUUCGCCUCGCCCUUGCCAACCACUCCACCCAACAAAAGCCUUACAAUCGAGGAGCGGAACCGCUUCGCCUCCCUCUGGCCCGCCGGCGAACACGAAGCCCACUCUCGCCUCACCCGCUUCCUCCACGAGAAGGUAGGCAAAUACAAAGAAACCCGCAACUUCCCCGCCCACAACUCCACUGGCCUCCUCUCCGUGCACUUUUCCUCCGGCACUCUCGCAGCUCGUACAGCCAUCCGUUCCGCCCGUGAUAUCAACAGCACCAAGAAACUCGACGGCGGCAACCUCGGCAUAACCGGCUGGAUCUCCGAACUAGCGUGGCGGGACUUCUACAAACAUGUCCUGGCCCACUGGCCGUACGUGUGCAUGCAUAAGCCAUUCAAGUACGAGUACACCGACAUCGAAUGGGAGUAUGAUGAUGCGAAGUUUGAGGCGUGGUGUGAAGGGAGGACAGGGUAUCCGAUUGUGGAUGCUGCGAUGCGGCAGUUGAAUUACAUGGGGUAUAUGCAUAAUCGGUGUCGAAUGAUUGUUGCUUCGUUUCUCGCCAAAGACCUUCUUACCGAUUGGCGGAGGGGAGAACGAUAUUUCAUGGAACAUCUCAUUGAUGGAGAUUUUGCAAGUAACAACGGCGGUUGGGGGUUCUCGGCGAGUACGGGAGUUGAUCCACAGCCUUACUUUCGCAUCUUCAACCCUUUGCUGCAGUCAGAGAAAUUCGACGAAGGCGGGGAGUACAUUCGGAAGUGGAUUCCGGAGUUGGCCGGGGUGGUGGGGACUGCGAUUCAUGACCCGUAUGGGAGGGGUGCGGGUAAGGUGGCGGAAAAGGCUGGGUAUCCAAGGCCGAUUGUGGACCAUAAGAUGGCCAGGGAGAGAGCGCUGGCGAGGUAUAAGGAGGGGUUAGGGAGGAGCACGGCGAAUCUUGGAGGUGGUGUUCAUAAUUGA